AUGGGAUGCAAAGCAGGCCUGAUCGUGUACCUGGGCAUGAUGGUGGGCGCCUUCGUGUGGGGCGGCCUGGCGGAUCGGAUCGGCCGGAGGCAGACGCUGCUCAUCUCGCUCUCCAUCAACAGCGUGUUCGCCUUCUUCUCCUCCUUCGUGCAGGGAUACACCUCCUUCCUCUUCUGCCGCCUGCUCUCCGGCGUCGGCAUCGGGGGCUCCAUCCCCAUCGUCUUCUCCUACUACUCGGAGUUCCUGGCCCAGGAGAAGCGCGGAGAGCACCUGAGCUGGCUCUGCAUCUUCCAGAUGGGCUCGGCCUACCAGUUCCACAGCUGGCGCGUGUUCGUUCUGGUGUGUGCCUUCCCCUCGGUGGCGGCCAUCUCCGCCCUGACCACCAUGCCCGAGAGCCCCCGCUUCUACCUGGAGAACGGGAAGCACGACGAGGCGUGGAUGAUUCUGAAGCAGGUCCACGACACCAACAUGAGGGCGAAGGGCUACCCGGAGAGGGUUUUCUCUGUGACCACCAUCAAAACGGUGCGGCAGCUGGACGAGCUGGUGAACAUGGGCGAUAACACGGCCUGGCACCAGAAAUGGAGGAUGAAGCUCACUGCCCUGUUCCAACAGAACGGGAAGCACGACGAGGCGUGGAUGAUUCUGAAGCAGGUCCACGACACCAACAUGAGGGCUAAGGGCUACCCGGAGAGGGUUUUCUCUGUGACCACCAUCAAAACGGUGCGGCAGCUGGACGAGCUGGUGAACAUGGGCGAAAACACGGCCUGGCACCAGAAAUGGAGGAUGAAGCUCACCGCCCUGUUCCAACAGGUUUGGAGUAACUUCCUGGCCAUUUUCUCCCCCGAGUAUCGCCGCACCACCUACAUGAUGAUGGCCGUGUGGUUCUCCAUGUCCUUCAGCUACUACGGCCUGACGGUGUGGUUUCCCGACAUGAUCAAGUACCUCCAGAAGCAGGAGUACUCCUCCCGCACCAAGGUUUUCGUCAAGGAGAGAGUGGAACAAGUCACCUUUAACUUCACCCUGGAGAACCAGAUCCACCGGCAGGGGGAGUAUCACAACGACAAGUUUAUGAACCUGAAAAUGAGAUCGAUGGUGUUCGAGGACUCGCUGUUUGAGGACUGUUAUUUCGAGGACAUCACCUCCACCAACACCUUCUUCAAGAACUGCACCUUCAUCGCCACCGUCUUCUACAACACGGAUCUUUUCAAGUACCGGCUCGUCAACUGUAAGCUGAUCAACAGCACCUUCUUCCACAACAAGGAGGGCUGCCUGCUCAGCGACAUCAGCGACGAGAACAACGCCUACAUGGUCUACUUCGUCAGCUUCCUGGGGACGCUCGCCGUGUUGCCCGGCAACAUCGUCUCCGCCCUGCUGAUGGACAAGAUCGGCAGGCUGAGGAUGCUAGGUAGGAGGAGAGGAGGCUAG